AACCGUAUAAAUAUAUACAAAAACAGACGCGAGAAGACCAAAUAAACUACAGAUUUACGACUAAACGUCAGUAUCAACAGAAUGCUUUUGGGAAGACAUCUCCGACUGUGAUGUCAGGACUUGCGUUUAUCACGCAUGCGCAAAACGAAAACGCGCAUGAUGCUGUGAAUGAACAGGAGAAGCCGAGCACCGGUGGCUUAAAAAUCGACUAGAAGCGCGUGUAAGACCAGGAAGUUGUGUAGUAUAUAAACGGAACACUUUGUGGAAGCAUUUUCUCGUGGACUUUAUAUAUUUUUCUUUUUAAAGGUACAUAUUACUGCUCCAGCAUGAGGUUCCCAAACAGAAAACUACACACGGCGGUGAACGGAGGAGACUCGGGCGUUUCUACUCACUUUAGAAACCCUUUCGUGCACGAGUUGCGGUUUACUACUCUUCAGAAACUCAAGAGAACAUUGAGUGGAGGCAGGUCAUGAUUGACAGUGCUGCCCACAGGCUAAUAUGGUCCAACACUAGAUCUGAAACAAGAUAGCUGUGAUGACUGUGACGCUUUUCCCUGUUCGUCUGCUCUUUGCUGCAUUCAUGAUGUUGUUGGCCUGGCCCUUUGCAUUCGUGGCUACUGUUGGCCGUUCUGAAAAUGCAGUUGAGCCCCUGUCCUGGUGGAGGUGGCUGGUGGAUCUGGCCCUGAAGGCCAUCAUGAGGGCCAUGUGGUUUUCCGGAGGGUUUCAUUGGGUCCGUGUGAAGGGUCGGCCGGCUCUGCCCAGUGAAGCACCUAUCCUCACGAUGGCACCUCACUCUUCCUACUUUGAUGCCAUCCCUGUCACCAUGACCAUGGCCUCUAUAGUGAUGAAGGCAGAGAGUAAAGACAUUCCAGUCUGGGGAACUCUUAUCAAAUUCAUUCGGCCAGUGUUUGUGUCCCGCUCGGAUCAGGACUCCCGGAGGAAGACCGUCGAGGAGAUCAAACGUAGAGCGUCAUCUAAUGGCGAAUGGCCUCAGAUCAUGAUAUUCCCGGAGGGCACAUGCACCAAUAGAUCCUGUCUCAUCGCAUUUAAGCCUGGUGCAUUCAUCCCUGGCGUUCCUGUCCAGCCUGUCGUGUUGCGGUAUCCUAAUGAGUUGGAUACAAUCUCAUGGACGUGGCAAGGGCCUGGAGCGUUUAAGAUUUUGUGGCUUACAUUGUGUCAGCUACAUAACUUCGUUGAGAUAGAGUAUCUUCCUACAUACACUCCGUCAGAAGAGGAGAAGAAAGAUCCAGCCCUGUUUGCCAGCAAUGUGAGACGCAUCAUGGCCAAGGCACUUGGGUUGCCCAUUAUCGAUUACUCUUUUGAGGACUGCCAGCUUGCCAUGGCCAAAGGCCCUUUGCGUUUGCCCAAACACACCUGCUUGCUAGAAUUCGCCAGACUGGUGCGACUUUUGGGCCUGAAGACAAAAGUCACAGAUGAAGUCUUGCAAGAAGAAGCUUGCAGUGCCCGUCAGCUGUGUGGAAGACGACUGGACAUGGAGGGCUUUGCUCAGUAUCUCCACCAACCCAUGACAGAAGCAGUCCAGGAUAUCUUCUCACUAUUUGAAGAGCAUGGGAUGAUGGAUGUGAGAGAAUACGUCAUCGCUCUGUCAGUGGUUUGUAGACCUUUCAGAUAUCUGGACACCGUUAAACUGGCCUUCAGGAUGUUUGAAGCACAGGAGGACGGAGCUAUUGUUGAAGACGAACUGACCGUCAUUCUAAAAACUGCUCUGGGAGUUGGAGAUCUUGCUGUUUCUGAACUCUUCAGGGCCAUAGAUAGCCAAGACAAGGGAAAGAUCACAUUUGAUGAAUUGUGCAGCUUCAUGGAGAAAUGCCCUGAUUUGGUGGAGCAGUAUCACUGUCUCUGUGAGUCAAUCUCUCAGCACUCCAGAGAAUCCACAUCUUCAAGUAACGGCUUCUGUGCUGACUUCAGCCCCCGAAAUCACAGCAAGAAACAGGACUAAACAUGGCUUUACCAUCACAGCCUGUCACCCUCAGUGUGUGACGCUGUUUUCCUGUGUGCACCAAGAGAGGUGAUGACAGACCACAUCUCAAGUUGAAUCUGAAUUUGCAUCUGGGUACAUUACCCUAGGGAUUUUCCCAGAGUUUUUGUUCAAAAUCCUUCAAUAAUUUAUUUUUUAUGCCCUCAAGGAACUUAUCUUCAAGGCGCUUCGUUUUUCUGACAGAUCUUAAGAAUGGAAACGAAACUGACUUUAUUUUAAUGCCUUAUGUUCUUUUUUUGACAGAGAGAUUUUCACAGUUUUUCUAUAUAAAGCGUUGCUUGCUUUAAAAGAUUGCAAUUUUUAAUAUGCGCAAAAUAAAUAAAUAAAAAAACCACGCCAACAACAUACAAAAAA